AUGCGCUCUGGACCGCUUUAUUCAGUCGCACAACUUCCCUGUGUUUUCAUUGGUCCCUUGAGGAUGCGGCGACAGCUGAUUGGAGGAAAGUUUCUCCUCCAGUCCAUACACCCCCCACCCCGCAGAUAUUCGUGGUUCGGUGCUACUGUGAUUCCAGUUGUUUUCACAUCCCCUCACUAACAAAAAGACUCAGAGCUGCUGUCUCUUACAUCUCCGAGUAGAGUGAUGCGCAACUAAGGAUUGACGCUGCUGUACGUCGAGGCGAGAACGAAGAACUAAAGAGCAGAAAUACACCUGGCUUUCAAGAGGAAAAAUUAGGGGAGAGUUUGAAAAGUUUCUCACAGAACUGAACGUAAAGAGCGAAAAUGGUGUCGGCGGGACUGGAGAUCCUGGGACUGUCGCUGUGCGUAAUUGGCUCGCUCCUGGUGAUGGUUGCAUGCGGACUGCCCAUGUGGAAGGUGACGGCUUUCAUUGAGGCGAACAUAGUGGUGGCUCAGACAAUCUGGGACGGCUUGUGGAUGUCCUGCGUUGUGCAGAGCACGGGGCAGAUGCAGUGCAAGGUGCACGACUCCGUCCUCGCCCUCAGCCACGACCUGCAGGCAGCCAGAGCGCUCACCAUCAUCUCCUCGGUGAUGGGCGUGCUGGGGCUCAUGGUUGUGAUUGCCGGGGCGCAGUGCACCAACUGCAUCCGCACUGAGUACGUCAAAGCCCGGGUGGUGAACGCCGGAGGAGCCAUCUACAUCAUCAGUGGCGUGUUUGUGCUGGUGCCUCUCUGCUGGAUGGCCAACAACAUCAUAUCGGACUUCUACAACCCGCAGGUGCCCGCAUCCAAGAAGAGGGAGAUUGGCGCUGCGCUGUACAUCGGUUGGGCGGCCACAGCGCUGCUACUGAUCGGAGGAGCGCUGCUGUGCUGCUCCUGUCCCUCCAGCGGGAACUCGGGAUACUCAGUAAAAUACGCACCGACUAAGAGAGCCACGCAGAACGGGGACUAUGACAAGAGGAAUUAUGUGUAGCUAUGUGGUUCAGAGCAGGCGGUGCGUAAAAGUGACCUGCAGCUUUUGAAAAACAGUUUUUUUUUAACGGACGUUAUCUUUGCACCUGCAGUUUUUUUUUUAUUAGAAAUCUGAACUUUGAAAAUCAAUGGAAGCACAUCUGCUGUUUUACCUUUAAUACGCUCGGACCGCAAAUUCACAAAUCCUUUUUGUAUCUACAGGAGAUUAAAAAAGACUAUCAACCACAAGAGGUAGACAAAAAGGAGUAUCUUUGUUAGGUACCUGCUUUUGUAAGUCUUCGAAAUUAUUAGUGUUUUGAAUUGUUUACUGUUGUAACUACAAAGUUUUUCUGUGCUAGAAGAACUCUUGCCAUCGAAUAUAUAGGCUAAACUGUUUUUUUUUUUUUGCCUUGAUGUGCAUUGUCAGCACAAACGUGUAACUGAGAAUGAUUGCACUCUCACACAUUCAAAGUCCCAUUGCUUUUAGUGGAACGACGCCGACAUGUUGAGGACUUCAACAAUGUCCGAUAGCAAUAAAGACCGACGGAGAAAAGUAGUCUAAAAAAAACCUUAAUAAAUCUCGGACACGCUUUUGUGUCGUUCAGAAGUUGGUUGCGGUGACUUUGAGGUUUGCAGUCUAUUUUUGGACCUGUAGUAGAUUCCAGAGAGCCUGGGAUCCCUAGGUCACAACAUGAAAUGUUACAGUACUUUUCUCGGCUGCACUGAGCACCUGCAAGGUUUUUGCAUCAUUGUCACUGCAGGAAGUCUUUUCUUUUCAAAACAUUCAAGGAAUAAACUUUGUUUUCUGUUGGUUUGUUGACAUUUGAUGUAAUGAUUCAUUAUUCAUGUAUACGAAGAUGCAAUAUCGUUUCAUUUUAUUAAGAUUAAACUGAAUAUAUUGUCUGAAAACUUUA